UGUGUGUGUGUGUGGGGGGGGGGGUGUCUGUGUCUGUGUGUUUGUGUGUGUGUGUGUCUGUCUGCGUAUUUGUGCGCGCGUGUGUCUACAUGUCUGUCUGUCGACAAGAGAAAGAGAGCGAGCGAGUGAGAGAGUGAGAGAGAGAGAGAUGGGCAUAGAGUGUGUAUUUCUUUGUGUGUAUGUAUGUGUGUAUGUGUGUGUGUGUGUAUGUGUGUGUGUAUGUGUAUGUGUGUGUGGCUGCUUUCUUUUCCACCAACUCCCCCCCCCCCUUUUCCCUUUCUCUCUCUGUCCCCCCCCCCCCUCUCUCUCUCUGCAUCUCUGUGCGCGUGCGUGGGUGCGCUAAGCUUGAAGUUCGUUCCAAGGACCACGAUCGCCCUGUCCUCUUCCUCUCCUUCUCUCCCUUCCCUUUCCUCCGGCAUCCUUGAGUCGCUGCCCUGUUACGUUGACUUUCCCUGCCCACACCUGCUUCCCAUGUCUUUCUCCACCGCCUUUACCUGUCGUCGACACACACACACACACACACACACACACACACACACACACACACACACUUGUUGCUUUUGCUGCACGUUCGUUACACUGCUGGAGUUCCUUCUCCCCCGUACCUCUGGUGUACAGGCUUCCGUGCUCUUGGCACAUUAUGGCGAUGGGCUUGGUGUUUCUUGUGUACUCAUUUAUUCACUGCUACGUCUCUUGUACAGCUGACAGAGAUGGCAUUCAUACAGCCCCGCCCAACGAACGAUGACGAGUGAAGCCCAUGCAAAGUUAUGACGUGGCUACCACGCAUACAUACAUACAU